UUUAAAGACCCAAAAUAUAUAAACAAAACUUAUACAAUUAUACUUAAAAUGAGUAGAUUACCCUCUUAAAGAGUCAUUUAUAUGCAAGAGGUGACUCGAGGAUGGAUGCAUUGACUCUAGCUAAUGCCCUAGUUUGCUUUUCUUGGCAUACCAAUAACAUUUCUAUCACGUAUUUCUAGCAAAACAUUUUUUUUAAUCUUGUGCAAUUAUUACAUUUCUUUACCAAACAUGAAGUUCAAACAUUAAUGGCUACUCACGACACACAAAGUCCAGCCGCAAAUAACAAGUUCGGUUCCUUUCUAUCCAAGAAGACUGAAAGAACAGCAGCUAGAAAGGAUGAUGCUGAUGAGAAGAAGACUUGCUUGUUGCACCCGUGACCGAGGACGUAGCCUUGAUUUGGAUGAACAAGAGAGGAUAAUGACCUAUAACGGCCUUGAGAGCAGCAUUCUUAACAAUCAAUCUUAUGAAAAUGAAAGUGGAACAAGCAGAGGAGAUGGGUGUGCAAGUGAUUCUUUGGACGAAGACUGCUCAAGUUCUUCUUCUAGUAAAGAUGCUUUUGGGUCAUUUUCUUCUAAAUGUUUGACAAUGAAGAGGAAUAACCCGGGUUUGGAUGAAUGGGAUGUCUCAGAAAGCCCUCAACAUUUUUAUGUUAAAGAGAAACCUGCUCGUGCCAUUCAAUUUUCAGAUGUGGAGACAAUGAAAGAAAAAUUUGCAAAGCUUUUACUGGGUGAAGAUGUAACUGGGGGAAGUAAGGGUCUCUCCCCUGCAUUAGCAUUGUCCAAUGCCAUAACAAAUCUUGCAGCUUCGGUUUUUGGUGAGUUAUGGAAACUAGAGCCUUUGCCUGAAGAAAGGAAGAACAAAUGGAGAAGAGAAAUGGAUUGGCUGCUCUCUCCUACAAACUAUAUGGUUGAGUUGGUUCCUGCUAAGCAAAAUGGUGCCAAUGGCCGGACUGUAGAGAUAAUGACACCAAAAGCUCGUGCAGACAUCCACAUGAACCUUCCGGCACUGAAAAAAUUGGACUCUAUGCUUAUUGAAACACUGGAUAAAAUGGUGAAUACUGAAUUCUGGUACGCAGAAGUUGGCAGUCGAGCAGAAGGUAGGAACAAGAGUACAAGGCAGAGUAAGAGGUGGUGGCUUCCAAUGCCACAGGUAUCGACAACUGGGCUCUCCGACUGUGAAAGAAGAAAAUUGCUUUCCCAGAGUAAACUGGUUCAUCAAGUAUUCAAGGCUGCUAAAUCCAUUAACGAAAAUGUUUUGCUUGAGAUGCCUAUCCCAGCAAUUAUCAGAGAUGCACUUCCUAAGUCAGGGAAGGCAAGUUUGGAUGAGACACUGUUCAAGGUCGUGACAGAGCAAUCGUACUCAGCUGAGGAGAUGCUUCAUUAUCUUAAUUUAGCAUCUGAACACAGUGCCCUUGAAGCCAUCAACAGGUUGGAAGCUGCUGUACUAGCAUGGAGGGAGAGGAUUACAGAACAAGUUAAUGGUAAAUCCCCUGUUCGAACAUCAUGGUCCUUCGUUAAGGAUUCAAUGUCGGAUCAUGAUAAGAUGCAAUUACUAUUGGACCGAUCAGAAGCUCUUCUGCAACAGAUUAAGGCCAGAUAUCCUAACCUUCCACAAACAUUUCUGAAUGCUACCAAAGUCCAAUAUGGAAAGGAUGUUGGGUACGCAAUACUUGAAGCAUAUUCCCGGGUUCUUGGAAACGUGGCUUUCAGCAUAAUUUCCAGGAUCAAAGAUAUCGUUCAAGAAGAUGCUCUAAGCAACCCCAAUUCCCCAGCAGCGACAUAUUGCUUUACCGGAACAAUGGGAAAUCUGGAAACUCCAGUGGCUGGCUACCAUAUCCGGCACUCACUAAUCAAUCAGAUGAACCAGGUGGCUGAUGGGAAAUGUGGAAAGCAAAGUAAAUCAGAUGAAAACAGUAAUUUAGAUUUGGAAUUCUCACUCACACUGGCCAGAGCAAGGUCAGCGUCUUCAACACCAAGUCGAAGGCGGCUAUGGUGCAUUGGUAAAGAAGCUUGUAUUAAUGUUCCUCCUGAAAAUUCACCUUAAUAUAGAACAGGUGGUUUCCAAUGGAUUUGUUGUAAAGCACACUUAUCAUUUGCUUAUAUGAGAAAUGAAGUUCGUUCGUUUUGGCCU